CCAUACCAUACAACGCGUCUCAACGAUGACUAUGUUGUACCCCACUCCUCUUCCGAUCAAACCCUAAAACUUCUGAUCCGUCGAGGUUUCUUCCAUUUCAAUGGCAGCAAUCCAAGAGAAGCGAAUCGAUCAAUUGUUAUCCUUUCAGAUUCUGUUAUCGGAGCAAAUCAAACAAGCCGCCGACGUGGCCAGUUCCUUUAAGUUCGAGUGCUGCGAGGUUGGCAAACAAGCCGACCGCCUAUGCGCUAUGCUCCGAUCGGCCGUCGGGUUUUCUAGGUCCAGCUGUUCAGUCUACGAACGACCAGUUCAUCGGAUCGUCACUGAAGUAUCCAAGAACCUCAACCGAGCGCAAACCCUAGUUCUGAAAUGCAAGCGGCGGAGUAUCCUACGCCGCGUCUUCACCAUCGUCUCCGUCGCCGAUUUUCGUAAAGUGAUCAGUCUCCUUGAGUCGUCAAUCGGUGACAUGAAGUGGUUGCUCAGUGUUUUCGACUCCGACAGCUACAAUGGCGGAAUCAAUCUCGCUCUACCCCCAAUUGCUAGUAAUGAUCCGAUAUUGUCAUGGGUUUGGUCUUUCAUCGCUUCGGUACAUUUGGGACAACUGAAUGUUAAAAUCGACUCCGCCGAUGAAUUAGCCUCACUAGCCCAAGACAACGAUCGAAACAAGAAAAUCAUCGUCGAAGAGGGUGGAAUUCCCCCAUUGUUAAAGCUCUUGAAGGAAAAUUCAUCUCCAGAAGCCCAAAUUGCCGCGACCACCGCGCUUUUUCACUUGGCCAACCAUCAAGAAAGGGUUCGAUCAAUCAUCAUUGAACGUGGAGUUCCAAUAAUUGUCACUGUUCUUGGGGAUUCACCUAUGAGGGUUCAGGUUUGUGUAGCGAAUUUGGUGGCAAGGAUGGCUGAGCAUGACUCACUUGCUCAAGAGGAUUUCUCGAGAGAGAAUGUGAUUAGGCCACUCGUGACGCUAUUGUCGUUAGACAUUUUUGUGGACCAUUAUCUGAAGCUUCAGCAUCGAACUGGUAAGCAAAGCAUACAUUCAAUUGUUGAGAUUAAUAAGGAAAUGGAAAAGAAUUCGUUAAUGUCAUUUAAGAGUAGGCUGGGUUUGUCUUCCUCUUCGUCUUCGUCUCCAUCUUCUUCAUCUUUGUCGAUGCAUAAUUAUUCGGAGGGGAGUAGUAGGGGUGGGAAUUACCGGAGGGAGAGAGAAAAUGAGAAGCCGGAAAUGAAGCUGCAAUUGAAGAUUAGUUGUGCAGAGGCUCUGUGGAGGCUUUCUAAGAGUAGUGUUUCUAAUAGUAGGAAAAUAACAGAGACCAAAGGGUUGCUUUGUUUGGCUAAGCUUGUUGAGAAGGAACAAGGAGAGUUGCAAAUUAAUUGCUUGAUGACGGUCAUGGAGAUAACCGCCGCUGCGGAGUCUAAUUCUGAUCUUAGACGAGCAGCAUUCAAAACCAAUUCUCCGGCUGCCAAAGCGGUGGUGGAGCAACUCCUGAGGGUGGUCAAAGAAUCAGAUAACCCAUCGUUUCAAAUUCCGGCAAUAAGGUCAAUUGGGUCAUUGGCUAGAACUUUUCCGGCGAGAGAGACACGGCUGAUCGGCCCUCUGGUGGAGAAGCUUGGUCAUAGGAACCAAGAUGUUGCAGCAGAAGCUGCAAUUUCUCUGGGGAAGUUGGCUUGCCCAGAGAAUUUUCUUUGUGUGGAGCAUUCGAAGACGAUAAUUGAGUUUUAUUGUGUUCCGCCAUUGAUGAGACUGUUGAGGAGUACUGAAAGGACGAAGAUUCAGGCAUUGAUUCUCCUCUGCUACCUCGCAUUACAUGCUGGCAAUAGUGAAGAUUUGGAACAAGCACGAGUGUUGACUGUUCUUGAGGGGGCAGAACGUACGGUGUCUGCCCACCAUCCUGAGUUGAGAGAAUUGCUGACCAAGGCAAUGUAUAGCCUCAACGUAUAUCAUUCAGGUGUUCUUCUUCCUCAAAGGCAGUAUUAUGCUUAGAUAGUUUUUCAGUGAGCUUUGUGGAUCCAGUAUUGCUUGAAUAGAUUCCUGUCUGUAAAUACUUUUAAUACAUUGUCCAUAAAUCUUUUAUAAGGAUGAACAAUAUCAACCUUAAAUCCACAUAGCUUCAUAUCCUAAAGAUUUCUCUCUAUUGCGCAUUUCCAAUAGAUUUUUAGUAAUUUAUGUUUUGAGAGUUUGGUUUGAUGGUUGUUAAUACAAAUUUCAGAGAUUUUUGUUUAAAAGUUAAUUAUUGUAUUAU